UGAGCAAAGCGGGAAUAACGAAUCGCCUUCGCUCGCCGGAUUUUUCGAGCGUCAGCUUGCCGUCGGGAGACGAAAGGAUCGUGGUUCACUGCGUUUGCCACGCCGGCGCGCCUAGGGGAAUUCGCGCCCGCUCAUUGGCAACAAUCUGUUUACAGCUCGUGUCGCGUAAGAUAGAGGAUCUCGUUGCAGCGUUUUUCUGCCAGCGGGACGCGAAAAGGGUGAUAAUACAUGGGCGUGUGAGAGAUAUCUGCGGAUCCGAAUUGCCUCUUGCCCUACCCGGUGGUUUCGCGGAGCGAUGGAUGCGAGCGGCGAGCAGCCGGCGGCGAUCGCGGCCGAGCCCGUCGCCAGCAACGAGCAAGAGCAUAACGACGAGACCGCGGAGGAGACGGAGGAGUACAAUUACGAGGGAGACGAGUACAGGCACUUCGUGCCGCGUGGCCGCGGUGGCUUUCGAGGUGGUUUUGAUUUCCCUAUGAGAGGUGGGCCACCAAGAUUUAGAGGAAGGGGAUUUGGCCCAAGGGGACCUAUGUUUCGUGGCGCAAACAACGGCUUUCCCUUCGAGAGCCCACCAAGGCCGAAUUGUCCUCCUGGAGGACCAAGAUUUAGAGGACCGCCUCCAUUUGACCCUAGCUGGGGACCAAUGGGACCACCAAACCUCAUGGGUCCUCCAAACCUAAUGGGGCCUCCAGGAAUGCCACCACCGCACAUGAUGAAUGGUCCGAUUGGAACCGGACCAGGUCCGUAUGGGCCGCCUCCUGGAAUGGGACCACCCAACAUGAAUAGCAUUCCAGGACAACAACCACCUCAACAACAGUCGCAGCAGCAAGCAAACAUUCCAGGUCUUGAUCUCAAUGGGGAAGUGUGGGUAGAGACAAAGGCAGCGGACGGCAAGUCAUAUUAUUACAAUAUUCGCACGCGCGACACUACAUGGACUAAACCAGAGGGACCAAACGUAAAGGUCAUGGUGCAAGAUCAGUUAGAACAGUUAGUGCACGGAGCGUCGAAGCAGGCUGUCGCUCGCUCUACCACACCUACUUCGUCAAGCAGCACGCCGACUCAGAUGAGCGAAAACCGAAUUUCUCAAGCUGACGAGCAAUCCUCUUCUAAUAACACGGACGCUAUUAAUCAGUUAAGUACAGCGCCUCCCGGUACUGGACCGCCUCCUACGUUGAAUGAUGCACCGGACACCACCAGCCAGCCAUCUGAAACGAGUCAAUCUAAUGGCACGGCUCCGGCAACGGUUACCAGUACGCCGCCGAUAAAUACACCGGCUGUAAAUACAAAUAUGAUGCAACCUCCGCCAAAUAUGAUUCCCAUGCAGCACAGAAUGCCGAAUCAAUUCGGUGGUCCGAUGGCUACACAGUUCGGCGCAGCGCCGUUCGGAAUGCCGCCGCCCGGCUUUCAACCGUUCGGCGGUUAUGGGCCGCCACAAGCAAAUUGGGGUAUGCCGCAGAUGCCUCAUAGCGUGAUGGCGCCUCAAGCACCCCCGGAGGAUCCUGCUAUUCUGGCGCAGCUCGAUUCCGAAUUGGUGGCUGCGUCUAUGGUGUGGACGGAACACCGUGCGCCGGACGGCAGAUUCUAUUACUACAACAGCAAAGCCGGCGAAUCGGUGUGGGAAAAGCCACAAGCUUUGAAGGAUCUGGAAAGUGCAAAGUUGGCGUUGCGGCAGAAGACUGAGGAGGCGAACGCCGUCCCGACCAGUGCAACCGCCGUCACACCCGCUGCCGUUACUAGUAGUAACAGCACUACGACAGAACCCAACAAGCAGUCGGAGAAGCAGCAGGAGAACACUCACGAAACCAAAGAUAAUAUAAAGGACCCGGAUAGUGCCAAGCCGAAGAAGGAGGAGAAUGCCGCGAAGGAGCCUGCGAAGCUUCAGGACAAGACCAAGCCGGUCUCUAGCACGCCGGUACCUGGGACUCCAUGGUGUGUCGUUUGGACGGGAGACGAGCGGGUAUUCUACUACAAUCCCUCCUCGCGAAUGUCAGUCUGGGAGAGACCGGACGACCUUAUUGGCCGUCAGGAUGUGGACAAGAUGGUAGCGAUGCCGCCGGAUGCGCUUGGUACGAAACGAGUCCGUCAAUCGGAGAGCAGCGAGAGCAGCGACGAUGAGCAACCCGCACCAGCCAAGAAGAUAAAGCUUGACGACGCCAAGAGUACACCCGCAAAGGAAGAGGAGGAGAAGGAAGGAAAGAAGACCAUUGACAUCGGUAAAGAGGCCGCGAUAGAGGCGGAGGUGAGAGCAGCCAGGGAGAGGGCUAUAGUUCCACUGGAGACCAGGAUCAAGUCGUUCAAGGAUAUGCUUGCAGAAAAGGAUGUGUCUGCAUUCAGUACUUGGGAAAAGGAACUCCACAAAAUAGUAUUCGACCCGCGCUACUUACUCCUGACGUCAAAGGAAAGGAAACAGGUUUUCGAGAAGUAUGUGAAAGAGAGAGCGGAAGAAGAGAGGAGAGAAAAAAGGAAUAAGAUGAAAGAACGAAAGGAACAGUUUCAGAAACUUCUGGAGGAAGCUGGGCUGCACGGAAAAUCAUCGUUUAGCGAUUUUGCUCAGAAACAUGGAAGGGAUGAGCGAUUUAAAAAUGUAGAAAAGAUGCGCGAACGAGAAAGCCUUUUCAACGAAUAUCUUCUGGAAGUGCGAAAGAGGGAGAAAGAGGAAAAAACAGCCAAACGAGAACAGGUGAAAAAGGAAUUCUUUGCGAUGCUACGUGAGCACAAAGACAUCGACAGGCAUUCGCAUUGGAGCGAUUGUAAGAAAAAAUUGGAAUCGGAUUGGAGGUACAGAGUCGUAGAGUCGGCAAGCACGCGGGAAGAUUGGUUUAGAGAUUACGUUCGCAUGCUGAAGGAUGAGCGGAAAAAGGAAAAGGAGAAAGACAAAGACCAUCGGCACAGAGAGAAAGAUCACAAGACGGACAAGAAGGAUAGGGAUCGUAAGGAUUCAGACAAGGGUAAAGAAACGAAGUCCAGCAAGGACAAAGCUGACAAAGAUAGUACAAAGGAAAAGAAGCAACGAAAAAGCGAGGCGCCCGCGGAAGAAAACGGAAAGGAGAAAAAGGAAGCGGUGGUAGAGAAAGAGAGCGGGGAGAUUGAAGAAAGUGAGGAUAAAAGUGUAAAAAAGGAGAACGAUAAGGAAGAGGGAGAUGACCAUUCCGAUUCCGAGGAGGACCGCGAGAAACAGAAAAGGGAACGUGAGAGACGCGCGGAAGUGAGCCUCCGUGAGAGGGAAAGAGAAGUGCAAAGAACCCUUGCUACGCAUCUUCGCGAUAGGGAUAAAGAGCGACAGCACCACCGUCACACGGAGGCCGUUCAACACUUCAGCGCUCUCCUCGCCGACUUGGUAAGAAACGGCGAUCUGGCGUGGAGAGAGGCAAAACGGCAAUUGCGAAAGGACCACAGAUGGGAACUGGCUGAGAGUUUGGACCGCGAGGAGAAAGAACGAUUGUUUAACGAGCACAUUGAGCAAUUGGGCCGCAAGAAGCGCGAUAAGUUUCGGGAACUGCUCGACGAAGUAGGCGCAUCGACCGAACUAACUGCAUCUUGGAAAGAUAUCAAGAAACUAUUGAAGGAUGAUCCUAGAUAUUUGAAAUUCUCUUCUAGUGAUCGGAAGUGCGAAAAGGAAUUUAAGGAAUACAUCAAGGACAAGCUUGUUGCUGCCAAAGCUGACUUUAGGGAGCUUCUACAGGAAACAAAAUUGAUUACCGACAAAACGUACAAGAAAGUUCAAGAAACUAGCUCGCACCUGCCAGAAAUCGAGGAGAUCCUUAGAAAAGAUCGAAGAUUCCUGGUUCUGGAGGCCGCAGCUGCCGAACGAACUCGAUUGCUGAUGGGUUACCUAGAAGAAUUGGCGCGCAGGGGUCCUCCACCGCCUCCUACCGCUUCGGAGCCAUCAAGAAGACCGACUACAAAUUGAAGAGUGGUCUACAUCGAAGUACGGUAUACAAACGAAGAUGAAUUUAUAGCUGUAGUUAAAUUGAACUAUACUAUACACGCAAGAUUAUUGCAUCCUGUUGUAGGAUUCAAUAAGAUUAUUGAAUGCCAAUUCCAUACGCAAUUCAAAAUUACGUUGCAUUGCGAAAUAUCGUAAUAUAAGCACGUAUUAUCUGUUAAACGGUACGCGUUACAUCAGGCUAUAUUGAUAUACGUCAAUCUCGAUAAUAUGUAACAUAUUCUGUAAUUCUGUAUAACAAUGCAAAAGAACGUAUGUUUGGACAUGUAUGCUGAUAUCACCUAAAUUAAAAGGGAAAUUAAAAAGGAAUAAUCGAGACCAUUGGAAACAAAGAAAUAUAGUACGCUGAUUUUAUAUAUUAAAAACAGUUAAUGAUUCUUAUAGUCGGACAGGGAUUACUAUUAUUAUAUCAUUGAAAGUAUGAACAAUAUCAUCUUUUAUAGUAAUCCUAUGGUUUUCGAUUAGUCUUCAGUUGUUUUCAGAUUACCGUACUUUUAAUUUAAAAAUAGGAUAUGACGUUUCAGUUAAUUGAGUUUUAAUACGUUUUUCAUUAAUUUUUUUUAUCAGUAUAUAUAUAUAUAUAUAUAUAUAUAUCAUGAAAAUAUGUUUCCAGCAGAACAAAUUCCAGAAGAAUAAAUUCAUUUUAGCAAUUGAUGGCUAAAUUUCAAGAGAAUUAGCGAGGUGACUUUAUUUUUCCCUCAAUUCUUAGCUCAGUCAGUCGAUAAGAAAGGUAAUGUAGAAAAAGAUUCUAAAAACAUUUUUCAGUUCACAUUGAAAGAUAUAACAUACAUUUUGUAUUAUAGCGACUCUGUACUAAUCAAUAAAUGCUCUUAUUUGAUUAUUAUUAA